GCUACUGGAGGCCGACUCCAAGUCGAUGCGUUCCAUGAACGGCUCGCGGAGGAACAGCGGGUCCUCCUUGGUCUCCAGCUCCUCGGCCUCCUCCAACCUCAGCCACCUCGAGGAGGACACCUGGAUCCUCUGGGGCCGCAUCGUCAACGAGUGGGACGAGUGGAGGAAGAAGAAGGAGAAGCUGCUGAAGGAGCUCAUCCGCAAAGGGAUCCCCCACCACUUCCGCGCCAUCGUCUGGCAGCUGCUCUGCAGUGCCACCGACAUGCCCGUCAAAAACCAAUACUCGGAGCUGCUCAAGAUGUCCUCUCCCUGCGAGAAGCUCAUCCGACGGGAUAUCGCCCGCACCUACCCGGAACACGAGUUCUUCAAGGGACAAGACAGCCUGGGACAGGAGGUCCUCUUCAACGUCAUGAAGGCCUAUUCGCUGGUGGACCGGGAGGUCGGAUACUGCCAGGGUAGUGCCUUCAUCGUGGGACUGCUGCUCAUGCAGAUGCCCGAGGAAGAGGCCUUCUGCGUGUUCGUGAGGCUGAUGCAGGAAUACCGCUUACGGGAGCUCUUCAAACCCAGCAUGGCCGAGCUGGGGCUCUGCAUCUACCAGUUCGAGUACAUGCUGCAGGAGCAGCUGCCGGAGCUGAACAUCCACUUCCGCUCGCAGAGCUUCCUCACCUCCAUGUACGCCUCGUCCUGGUUCCUCACCCUCUUCCUCACCACCUUCCCUCUUCCCGUGGCCACGCGUGUCUUCGACAUCUUCAUGUACGAGGGGCUGGAGAUCGUCUUCCGUGUGGGGAUGGCACUGCUGCAGUUCAACCAGGCUGAACUCGUUCAGCUCGACAUGGAGGGCAUGUCCCAGUACUUCCAGAAGGUGAUCCCACACCAGUUCGACAGCUGCCCCGACAAGCUCAUCCUCAGGGCCUUCCAGGUCAAGUACAACCCCAAGAAGAUGAAGAGGCUGGAGAAGGAGUACGCCACCAUCAAGAACAAAGAGAUGGAGGAGCAGAUUGAGAUCAAGCGCCUCCGCACUGAGAACCGCCUGCUGAAACAGCGCAUCGAAACCCUGGAGAAGGAGAGCGCGGCUCUCGCCGACAGGCUCAUCCAGGGCCAGGUGACACGGGCGCAGGAGGCGGAGGAGAACUACAUCAUCAAGCGGGAGCUGGCGGUGGUGAAGCAACGCUGCACCUCGGCCACCGAGAACCUGCAGCGCGCCCAGACCACCAUCCGGCAGCUGCAGGACCAGCAGGGGAACCCGCGCUUCAGCGAGGAGUUUGUCACCCACCUGGAGACGGAGCUGGAGCAGUCGCGGCUGCGGGAGAGCGAGACCCUUGGCGCCCUCAAGGAGAUGCAGGAUAAAGUCCUCGACAUGGAGAAGAGGAACAGCCUGCUGCCGGACGAGGACAACGUGGUGCGGCUGCAGGAGGAGCUGCAGGCGCUGGCGCUGCGCGAGGCCGAGGCCGUCAAGUCGCUGACGGAGCUGCAGCAGCAAGUCAAGGACCUAAGUGACAACUGGCAG